AGCGCCUUCAAUAAAGUCUGUGCGGAGCCCUGCGCUCGGACUCGUUGCUUUGCUCGGCGCGCAUGCGCGGCCGGAGCGGGGCGCAUGCGCAGUGCGCGCCGCCGCCGCCAUCAUGAACCCGCUGACCAAAGUGAAGCUGAUCAACGAGCUGAACGCACGGGAGGCGGAGCUGGGCGUGAGUGAAGCGGUGUCGUGGCACGCCGAGUACAAGGACAGCGCCUGGGUCUUCAUCGGCGGGCUGCCCUACCAGCUAACAGAGGGGGACGUCAUCUGUGUGUUCUCGCAGUACGGGGAGGUGGUGAACAUUAAUCUGGUGCGGGAUAAGAAGACCGGGAAGUCUAAAGGGUUUUGCUUUCUGUGCUAUGAGGACCAGAGGAGCACCGUUCUUGCUGUUGAUAACUUCAAUGGGAUCAAGAUCAAAGGGAGGACGAUCCGUGUGGACCAUGUGGCCAACUAUCGGCCUCCCAAGGAUUCGGAUGAUUUGGAUGAUGUCACAAAAGCCCUCCAUGCAAAGGGCUGCGGGGUGAAAACGCCACCUCAUACGUCGUCAGAUUCCUCGUUGGAGGAUGAGGAGAUGCCAGUCCAAAAGCAGAAAGAUAAAGAGAAGAGUAAACAUGAUCGGCAAAAGCAGAGCUCUCAGGCUGCAAAGAGAACAGCAUCUGCUGAAGAGGUACAUCCAAGAAUCAAGAUUAAAAAGGAGAAGGAAGAUCCUGGCUAUGACCGAUAUGCUGGUGGGAGUCAGCAGUCCUGCAGUGAGUCUGAGAGGAAACAUGCGAGCAGGACACAGCGAGAUGAGGAGGAGCAGAGGCACCAGAGGUCUCUGGGGAGGAGAGGGGAAAAGAGCUCUCAGGAACACAGAGGGCAGAACGGUUCACGGGAGGAGAGAGGAGAGGUUAGCAGGAAGGGUGAGGGGCAUGGCAGCUGGCGAGAAGAGUGUCCUGAAAGAAGCAGAUCCAGGCACCGGUGGGAGAGCAGCACCAGGGAGCCCCAUUCCAAGCACAGGGAGCGUGGUUCCACCAGAGAUUCCAGCCAUCGCUGAGCCCUGGUGCGAGCACCCUCUGGUCCACAGCUGUGCCCACCAAGAGACAGCUGCGCUGUGAGCUGCACCAGGAGCUGUCUGCAGCUUCCUGGUGUGUCCUUGAGGGUACCGCAGCUGGUGGUGCGUCAUCUCACACGCAGCUUUGACUCGUUUGCUCCUCAGACAGGGCUUUCUUUGUGCUGUGGACUGGGAUGUGAGCUCUGCUGCUGCCUCGCUCAGCCCUUCUGUGCAGUGGCAUCUCAUAGACAGUUGUGGAGGGGCUCACGGCGCAGCACGGGCAGUAGGGGUGCUGAACAGCAGGAUGCUAUGGACCCCAAACUGCCCAUGUUCAGUGGGAGCACCCCUGUCUGCAGCGGGGCCGGUGGGAGCCUGCAGGCGGGCAUAAGUGCUUUGUGCCCCCAGCCUGUCCUACUGACCUUGUUUAUGAGAUCUCCAAGGCUGUGCUGCUGAGCCAUCGCUGUUCAUGUUUUUUGUUAUAAACUCCUUUUAAUAAAAUUGAUCCACUAACCAGAACAGACAACACUGGGAGCACCAAUUCUGUGUCGGGGUAGCAGGGAAAGGUGAACUUUUUCGUUGUGCUGCUUGGACUGAACAUCGACGGCAAUGGAGAGAACGCAGCGAUGACUUUGAGCCGCAUCUGGUUGCUACCGGAGCCUUUGCUUCGCUGAGUAGCUUUCUCCGCCGUCUACCCAGUGGGUUUCGGGGUGAUUUCAGUCGGUCUCGUAGCUGCAGCCCUCGCCCGUC